UCUACUAAAAAAAAAAAAAAAAAAAAUAUGUGAUAGAAACGAUCUGCGAUCAAAACUCAGAGUACGCUCGCUUUAUAGAGUAAAUUCAGUGCCUUUGAAAUAAUUCUAACUGAAAAAGAGACGCUUUGGAGAGACGCUGAACAGAAUAUUUAAGAACGAAUCGAAACUGACAGACGGAUAGAGAUAUUUUUCAAAUAGCUGUAAACUGUUCUAGAGGAAUGGGAUAAUAAUGAUUUGAAUGGAGACGAAUGGUGUCCAAGGUGUCUAACAACAAAAAAUGGAGCAUCCUCGAACAUCGAAGUAAUAAAACAGCAAAUUUUCGCAAUUUCGUGAUAUGUUUCUUCCAGAGUCGGACAAUGAAAGUGUACCGUCUCCGGUAAAGCCGCAGCCGAGGGUCCCGUACUGCAAGACAUACGAGGAGAUUCGUCUGGAGGAGAUUCAAGCCGAGAGUGCCGCCUACUAUUCCUAUCAGGCUGAGGGCUCUCAGAGCGACAUUGGUGACGGUAACAUCAAGGCUCGUAGGACGAAACGAAUCUCCCAGUAUCCGCCGGCAAACAAAGAUUCGAACGACAGAAAGGGAUUGGACUUCGAGGUUCUCACACUCGACGAAAUUCGUCGUCGAAAGCGUAAAAGCUUCGAGGAGGCUAAAACCGGGAACAGCGAGGCGGCGAGCUCGACGGAAUUGUUGAACGACACCGUGGAAAGUUUGGCUGGACUUACAGAAACAAUUUCCGCCAGAGGAGUGAAAAGACGUCUGAAUGAAAAUUUCGAGCAAGACGCUUCGAAGCGCAGGCGUAAAAUGAAGUGUCCGAACGAUCGCGACGCGAUUUCGAGCGGCAUAGUGCCGCCUGUUAAGCUCAGAAGAUCUCCAAAGAGGUUGGGCUCGCUUCAGGAUGAAGAACGAGACGCGAGAACUGACCAAGAGCAGCAGCUCGAGGAGAAGAGGGACGAGUCAGGUAGAAACAAUCCUGAGUCCAGUUCCAUGGCGAGAUUGAACGAAUCGGAAUCGUCGAGUUCGACCAGUAGGCCUAGGAAGAAUGAGGUUGAGGUCAGAUUGUGCGACAGCAGCACGGACGAAGAUCAGGUGCCGUUAGAGAGAAGCAAGCAAAAGAACUUGCAAUCAGUUAACACUGUCGAAGAUUCCAAAGAAGCAGACAGUUUGUUGAAUAUAAAUGAAGAGGAUUAUUUAACGUUGGACAUGGCGUCGGAUGAUAUUUUGAACGACAUCGACGCGUUGCUCAAAGAUAAAACCUCGGUUUGGAGGAAAGGCUAAUAAGGAGCAUGUACAUACAUACUGGAAUGAUAUUUGUUCAUAUCUCGUGGUUUCUCUUUCUCUCGUUUGUCGAUGAGUGGAGAAAAAGCAGGUAAAAUUUGUCGUUCGACUUACUUUCCACUUACUUUCGAAGCGACUGAGGGAUUCUGUCUUUCUGGUUUUCUUUCGUCGCAAGAUGAGACGAGAACGUCGAUGAAUAGGCAGUUGUCGUUAUAGGUUGAUUCUUAAAUAGGUGAAGAGAAUUCUUAGAUAAUUUUUAAUCGUGUUUAAUUAGUAAAGGGCGAAGAGGAUCGUAUUUUCGAAUUCGAUUGCUUUUGUAGCUGACUUUACCGAUGUCUGGAUGCUGUGUAUUUGUGAAGGAACGCGAAGGAAGGAUUCUUCACAGAUUGGUCGAAUUCCUGACCUUUAAUUUUUUUUACACUAUUGUCGGAAUUUAAAAUUCGAUCUUUUCCAAAAUUCUCCCUUUUAUAGAAAGUUAUGGAAAACAGUGUUGAUAGGUGAGAUAAAUUGAGAAAAUAAUUCUCAUACUCGCGAAAGUUUCGUCGAUAUUGCUGAUUUAUUAGUCCAGGAUUUUUUUUUCGACGAUGACAUAAUUUUAAUACACUAUUGUUUUAUUAUUUUAUUUGUGUUUUAUAGUCUUUAUAUUAUAAUAUUUAAUAUUAUACGACAAUAUUUGUUCUUGAGAACGAAUGCAUUUCCGUCAUUUUUUAUUCGUCUUUAUAUAAUGUUAAGAUGUUCCUUUGUUAAAAUUGUUAGGGAUUCGUUAUCUUUAAUCAUAUUUUCUUUCUUUUUGUUGAACAUAUCUCUAGUUUUAUUCUAAUUAUUUAUAUUUCGGAGCGAUAUUUAGAACAAUCAAAGCCAUUAACAAUCAUUUUUUUAACUAUUAUUUUAUUUGCAUGAUAUUAAAUGGUUCUCAAAAUUGAGACAAAUUGUAAAUAAGAAAAUUAACAACGUUUUAAACAAUGGUUAUACUUAAUUAAUAAGAAUAAAAGAGACAAAGCAUUUGUUGAAUUAAAAAUUGAAGAUUAAUAUUUAACUUCCAAAUCUUAAUUAUGUUCUUUGUCGUGUAAAAAGAUUUCAAUAGAAUUGAAUCAGAUAUACACAUAUCUGAUGUAUCUGUGUUCGAUGUAGAAUUCUUUUAUUUAUUAUUUUCGAAUUGUUACGAAGCUUUCAAGCGUUAUUUAAGUCCGGAAGAGUAUUCUCCGCUCUAGUAUUUUGAUUAGCUUCGUUAAAUAAUUCAUAUUUCGUAAUUUCAAAAUAUCGGAAAUACAAAUUAUUUAAACAAAACGUAAGA